AUGGGGAUUUCAUUCUUGACCAAACAUCUACUACCGUACGCCGAGCGCGCUAGGUUGAGUGUGGGAGGAACGCGGACAGAAGAGCGUCCCUGCGUUAGCUCGGUCGUCAUCGAUGGACCCAGCCUAGUAUACCAUGUAUACUAUCGAAUCCUGGCAUGGAUGGAUCCCAGCUGCGAUGUGCUGGACAUCCAACCCACCUGCGACGAAGUAAGUCGAGGCGUGGUCAGCUAUCUACUUCAGUUGUCCAAGGCGGGUGUUGUCACGUAUGCAAUUUUGCCCUCCCUUCUCCCCCGGCAGGAAUACUUGGUCUCACGCUUCUUCCCCAGGCACGGAAUAUAUUUUGAUGGUGCCCUACCUGUCUCGAAACGCGAAACACGGCUCGCUCGAAUAGAGAAGUCGAGGCACCGCUUGGAAGUGUCGCGCCGCAGAACCCCUUCCCCUUCCUCCCCCGAAUAUCGUGAACCAGCCUCAAUCCAGCCAGGACAACUAUGGCAGACUCGGAGUCUACCAAGCCGGUGGAAAGGCCUCCCAGAGAACCCUUUUAUGGUUUCGGCGGUAUAUGAUGAUCUACGAGAAAGGUGGACGAACGAGAGAAUCUCAACGGAUGUCCAAAGCGAGCGCGAUCACCUUCCUGUAGAUGCAGAGUACCCCUGGGCGAGCAUCACGGCAAUGGUUUCGGGAGAGGCAGAUUUCGUGUGUGCGCAUGUGGCAAAACUCACAGGCUCUGCAGUAUUGACCAGUGAUUCGGAUCUCUUGCUCCACGACCUUGGUCCACAUGGCUCGGUGGUGUUUUUAGACUCGCUACAAUUAUCCGACAGCCUUCAGCGGCCAUUUGAACCGGAAAUCCAAGGGCUUCGAAUCUGCCCUCACUCGCUGCCGCACCGGCUAGGAGGCAUCAGCCUUCUACGGUUUGCCUACGAGCUGAAGCGAACCCCGUGGGUUCAGUUCCCAGAGCUGGUCCGUCGAUCCAAGGCCGAGUUCGAACCAGCAAAAACCUACGACUAUCAAGAUUUCAUUCAGGAAUAUCAGCCCAGCACUGAGCAGAGCCCAAUGCCAAAGAAACAACUUCAUCCCUUGGACCCGCGGGUUUCUGAAUUGUUUUGGCAGUAUGAACUGUCAGGUGUCUACGGUUAUGCAGAACAGCCUCACAUAUAUCUCGGCGUUUUGAACGAGGAUCAUUCCAGGCGAUGUGCGUGGGAACACGGUCGAUUUUACCGGUCUCUGGGCUACUCCCUUCUCAAUCUUUCUCGCCCGAGCAAUGGAUUUACCAAUGUUUAUGAAUUUGUUCGAAGGGGUGGGAGGAUUGUAGCCGAGACAAUCACUCUCGCCAGCUUGAAAACUGCCAUGUCUGACCUACAACUCCUCCAAAGACGUCUUGGCCUGGCUCGUGCAGUCUUCAAUAGUUCCUCCGCGGGCUUUUGGGUAUUAUUUGCCCUAACUGAAAUCUACCAUGACUCUUCGAACAUGGCUACGACGCCGAGUGCCGACCAGUUGAGGAGGUUUCUCGGGGAAGGAUUCAUGGCAAAAAAGACCGAAUGGACAGAUAUUCACCUUCUUGCUGAAAUUCAGGCUGUGUUGUAUUCUCUCCGAAUGCUUAGACAGCUUCUGGGUGUAGCAACGCUGGACAAUGAGGUGCUGGCCGAGUCCCGACUCGGACUUGCGGACUUGCCACCUCUCCAUACGAUGAUGCGGUCGCGGCGGGAGAUGAUUCCAAGUUUUGUGGAUAAGCAGCUUGUUCACGGAUCGGUCAAUCAAUUGUUCCAAACGUAUUGUUAA